GGCGAACCGCGAGUUCUCAGUUCGGGGCAAACUACUAGUUUAAUUUUUAGAGGAUUACUCUCUAGUCUUAUUGUUUCAGAAACAACAUUGAACUAUUCAGUAUCAAAGAACGGCGUUCUCCGCCUGAUAAUGAAUCGGUUCGUGUACUCGGCGGAAUACCGCUACAGCGACGGUCGACGCAAAUGGCGUUGCAGUAACAGGAACAAUAACUGCAAAGCGUUUGUCGUUACUAAGCACAAUUUGGUAGUAAGGAGAAUGUUUAACCACAUACAUCCAUUCCACGACAGGAAGAUUUUAAAAAUGGUGACAGCCGACACCGUUGUUACCGCGUUGCCAGAAGAUGGCGCUGAACAGUCUGAGCAAAGUACCUUAUCCAAGAAACCCUGUGAGGAAAAGAAAUGUAACUUGGCCGAAAGACUCUUGAAGAAAAUUACUGUUCCUAAAAAGCCCGAAGGGCAAGGGAACCAAAGUACUGGAUUUGAAAAAACAUCGUGAACAUUGGAAGCAAGGUGAAGUAGCCGAAAAGCCCUAUAAGAAAAGUGCAAAGAUUGGAAAGCUAUAUUGGCGCAAGCAACGACCAGAAGACCAAAUACCCUUCGAACAAGGAAAGAAAUGUUCAGAACCCGACCCCUGCGAGUAUGGAAGCCAUAAUUCUGCAGCUAAAAUACCCUCUGAACUGGGAAAACGUUGCACAGUGUUUGAGAGACCCCGUAAUCAGAGUGUUGCUAAGACACAUGACCAGGUAGAGAAGGCAGUGGCCGAAAGGCCAUGUGAACUGAAAAGUGCUGGGAAACAUGAUAGUAACUUAAUAGUUGUUGAAAAGCAGGACAGUGGUUUAUCAAUGCCUGUCUUAUCCCAGGAUGAGGAAAGGUUGUAUCGAGAUAGGAGAGCAAAAUGGUAAAUGAGAUAAGCUAUAAUAUAAGUAAAACAGAUAGUUCCAUGUGCAGAGCGCGUAUGGAAACAGGAAACAACAAAACACAUUCUUCUGGGCUGCCAUCAGGUAGAAGUAUACAAGAAUAAGU